AAUAGUUAAUAGAAUUCAACAUUAUAAUCAACCAAAAAGUAUCAAACAUUUCUUAUUUGCGCCUCGCGUGCGAUUUGAGAAGAUAGUCUUCUACAAGGCGUCCAUAAUAUACGAGAAAAGCGGUGCUAAGACAGUUCGGACCCACUUUCGGCUUAAAACCCACACAGCCUCACCAAAAACCUUGCUUAGUGACAAUGGCAAACAAGCCAGAAAUCGUGCAAGAAAUUGAAGAUGAAGAAGAUGGGCCACCGCCUGGGUUUCAGUCCAUCAUCACUCAGCAGGCACCUCAAUCGAAUUUGCCGUCUGGCAAAGCUGAAGGCGGUGACGGAAGUGGCGGUGAAGAAGAAGGUCCACCGCCUGGGUUUCACUGCAUGAAUCUGCCUGCGCCACAUUCUGAUAUGGAAACAAGGGGCAAACGAAAUGACUUUGAAGAUGAUGAAGAUUCACCCCCGCCAGGGUGGGAAUUUAAUACUCUUUCUCGAGCGUUACCAUCAAAACCACCAUCAAAUACAGCAGAUUUGGAAAUGGGGGGCAAACAAGACAGCAUUCUAGAUGGUGGGGAUUGCCCCCCGCCAGGGUGGGAAUAUGGUACUCUUUCUCAAGCAUUACCAGCAAAACCACAAUCGAAUACAGCAGAUAUAAAAAUGAGGGGCAAACAAGACGGAUUUGAAGAUGACGGAGAUGGCCCCCCUCCAGGGUGGGAAUUUCAUGCUCUUUCUCAAGCAUUACCAUCACAACCACCAUUAAAUAAAGCAGAUAAAAAAAUGGAUAGCAAUGAACUGCAUGAGGAUGAAGAUGACGGCCCCCCACCUGGAUGGGAAACAACUUUUCCACAUCAGGUGCUGCCGCCAUAUGAACCACCUAUGCAGCCAUCAUUAGCUGUUUCUUCUGGACGUGAAAUGGGGAGCAAAAAAGAAAUAAAAAAUGAUGUUGAAGGACAUCCAUCAGGGUCUCGACCUGAAUCUGUGCCAGAACAGUUGUCACCACCUAUCCCGCCACCACAGUUGCUGCCAUCAUCAGCACCACCUGCUGUAUGCUCAAGAGUUACCAGUAGAAAUAAAUCUCCCCCGAUGAAUGGGGGCAUCUCAGAUAAAGAAUUGGGGGGCACAGUUGACAUUAAGAUUGGGGGCGAAAGACCUACAUCUGUGCUUUAUUCACAGCCACUACAACCUAUGACUCUUCCAUCACAACCACUACCACCACCUGUGAUGUCAUUACCUUCUGGUCAGUCUACAGAAAAGGCUCAAUUAGUUUGUGGAACUUGCCGGAAAUUGCUUUUGUACCCGCGAGGAGCAAAAUGGGUCCAAUGUCCUGGUUGCCAGGAAGUCAAUCUCGUCCUAGAAGCCUAUCAAAUUGGACAAGUUAAUUGUGGGGGUUGUGCAGUUUUACUUAUGUACCAACAUGGAGCACCAGCGGUUCAAUGUUCUUCUUGCCAUUUCGUGACACAAAUUGGAGCACACAACAGGCGACCCCCCCUUUCUGUUCAGCAGGCUCAGAGACGGCGUCGUGCCAACAGAGCAAUCUGUGCCUGCUCCAUAGCCACUUCAACCUAUGUUUCUUCUGUCACCACCACCUGCGGAUGGCAUCAUCACCUUCUGGGCAGUCUACAGACUCUCUCUCUCUUAUUCACAAAAUCCUUUCAGUCUGUUCAUUUGUCAACCAUUCACAGUACUAGACCCGCUCUCCCUCUCUUUACACACGUGAACACAAAUAUAAUGCUCAAAAUCACAGUGAAGUACAGGUAUGCACACAAAUAUAAAGCUACAUUCUUCAUCUUUAUGCUUCGUGUAUAUAUACAUGUAUGUAUUCAUCAAUAGAAGAGUAAUGAGAUGACGCGCUUUGAUGUUAUUUAGUCUUAAGUCCUAGAUAUAACAGUUUACAUUAAUAUAAGAGCUAUCUUUCAUAAGUCUUGACUAUGACUGUACAUCCUCGAUGUCUCGAUUUGAUCAUUAAGUAUAGGAUUUUGUAUAUUCUCCUGACUGCAAAUACUAUUUGCACGUCCAAUUAAGUAGUUAUCAUGAAGUCUGUUAGCAUCAAUAACAGUGCAUAUUGUAUGCAUGCUCAUUAUUGCUUAUAUAUCUCGAUGCUAUUUGAUUUUUGUGGUGUGCACCUUGGGUGAGCAUGGGUUGGUUUAGGCCCAAAAAAUGGGCCUAACCCAACACGUUCAGUUUCAUGAGAAAUUGAGCAGAACCAACCCACCCACAAGUCUAAAACUCAACUCAACCCUAACUGAUGAAGGUUGGGUGGGGUUGUUGAGUUGGGUUGGUUGGUUUUGGGCUUUAAACAGAAUCACACAAGGAACACAAUUUUUUUUUUUUUUGUCGGGGGCCUAAUUCACAUUUGGCCAUUUUUUUUGAUGAACUUGAUUGGCCAUUAUUAAAAACUUUGAUGGUCUAAUUUAAUAUAGGGGCAAUUUCAAUAAAAUUUGAAAAGAUUGGCGCAUUUGAGGUUGGAUCAUUUUCGCUAUCUAAAACAAAUUCAAUCAACAUAUGAAAAAUGCUAUUGCAAACUCGAUACAAAUGAAAAAUAUUAAAUUCAUGCAAAUUCAACCUACAUAAUAAAAAAUUUAAUAAAGUCUUUAUAUCAUACGUAUUGUUUGCUCUGGGAGAGCCUGAAUCUAUCUUACUCCUCAAGACAUUUUGUCAUGUCUUCAAGGAUUUGAACCCGAGACCCCUGCCUUACGAGAGACUUUAGCUAAAUCCUGUCACUAGCAUUGUGCCUUGAUUUAGUUUAAGUCUCUCAUAAGUCAGAGGUCUUGGGUUCGAAUCCUGAGGGCGUUAUAGAAAUUUGUGAGAAGUCAGAUAGGUUUAGACUCUCACGGAGUGGAAGUACAUGAGAAAACAACUUGGGUACGAGGCCUGGGUUGUUACAAAAAAUGUUAUACAAUACGAAAUAAAAAAUAUUAAUCAUCCAAAUUCAAUCUACAUAUUAAUGUUAUAGUCAUCCAAAUUGCAGAUCCAAUAUGAAUUUUUUUUUUUGAAAGGUAAUCAAAUAUUUUAUUAAUCAAUGCAUAAUACACGGGAAGUGUAUUAUUAAUUUAAAGCAGAAAGGAAAAACAUAAAAUUGUGCAACCCAUCUAUAUGCCUAGUAGCUGCAGCAUUAAACCACGUAUACAAUGUGAAAUAAAACAUCUCUAAUUUGCUCUACUGUCCGUGUUUGAUUAUCAAAGCAGCGGCUAUUUCUUUCUUCCCACAUACACCAUACAAUGUAACCCGGAAUAAGGUCCCAUGCAAGCUUGUAAUCCUUGUCGCGAAAUUUUUCCUCCAUGCCUUUAACACGUCUUCCAUACGCCUCGGUAUCGCCUAAUCCAUGUGUUGUGAUGCCAAAAUAUUGUGCCACAGUAAACGAGCGGCAUCACAAUGGAGAAACAAGUGAUCAAUCGUCUCCCCAUCCCUCCGACACUUAUAACACCACUUUGUAACAUAAACAUCUUGUUCGUAGAUUAUCCAUCGUUAACACGUGUCCCCUGACCACCGUCCAAAGUAAGAAUGCAACCCGUGGAGGCAAUUUACAUUUCCACACUGAUUUCCAGGGGAAUGAACUCUGCACAAGACCCAAUAAAGAUCUAAAAUAAGUGCCAACUGAGAAAAUCCCAUCCCGUGUCAAUCUCCACCUACUACAGUCUGCCUCUCCUGUCUUGAUGCGAAACUUGUACAAAGAAGUCAAAAAUAGCGCAUAAUCAUCCAAUUCCCAAUCCUGUAAUCUCUGACAAAAACAAUAUUCCAACUGAUCCUCCCAUUAUGUAUAUCUAAGAAUCACUCACCGUAGCAGACGGUGUAAACACAAUACGAGAUAAAGAGGGAAAUUUCACCUUCAGCGGUUGUUCUCCAGACCAAUAAUCAUCCCAAAAACUGAUGGUAGUACCAUUCCUCACUGCAAAAGUCAAUUUUGGGAGCACACCAAGACCUCCACUACUUUAAUGCUUAAAGAAUUAUGAAAAUAUCAAGGAUCACAAAAUUCUGAAGCAAAAAUAGACACUUGUAUUGCCAACAUAUCUCUGGCUUGUUUGGACAAGAUACCAUAUUUAUUUAAGUUAAAAUUCUACCUAUUAAGAUUCUACUGAAGAUCAAAAUAAUUGUUCUCUAUGCUUUUACGAGUGUCUAAAAGUAUGUCUACAUUUGUUUAUCUAAGCACUAUCUUUUGCUCCAUGUUUUUCCAUAAACCUAGAAAGACGAGUAUAACUCAUAGAAGAAGAAAAUUGCCUUUACGAGAAUUAAAAUAAUUGAUACUUGACUGCUUUAGAAACUCCUUCGCAUCCCUUGUAUCAGCUCUUAUUCCUUUCCUUCAUAUGUUGCUUUUCUUCGCUUUUGGGAGGUUAGGUUUAUGUUCCCCUUCCUCUUGUUCUUGUGAGUUUGAUUUUAUAUAUACGGUUGGAGAAUCCAAAUCCCCAUCAGUGUUCCCUGAUGGAGCUUUAAAACCCACUGAGGUUGUGUUAGUGUUUUCCUUAGAAGAAAAAAGAAGAAGCCAUAAUUGAUCAAUCACAACUUGAAUUGAUCCUCCAAAACAGACAAAACAAAAUUAACCAAUUAAACUAAAUAAAAUAUGAAGGCCUAUUUUUCAAAAUUUCAAAAUAAAUACAAAUUGUAGAAGGGUAGGUAUAAAAGCUCAUUUUUUGACCAAUUUAUCAGGAAUAAGAUAUAAUUUGCUGUCGUUUCAUAGUUUUGACUCUUGUUUACUCCUUUAUAUUUAAGAUAAUUGUUCUCUGUUUAUUAGAGAUUUUUAUUGAUAUGUUGAGAAAUCUGGUAGGGUGCACAGUUCACUUUUUUUGCCCAUGGUUUGCACGAAUAACCAUUUCAUACAAGUAAAAGCUGCAAUUGCCUUCUGCUUGAUUUUGUCGCUUUUAAUCAAAUCUCCUGGAUGUGCCUUUUAAGAUGGCAGUGACUAUCUUAAUGCACAUGGGAAUUAAAGAUUCUGUUGCUCCCCUUUUGACUUUUCUCCCUUAAUCAGUUUAGGACCCCGCCUACCCCCAUUCACAAUUAUGGCUUUGUUAUCAUUCCAGAAACAUUUGAGAAUCUUGUAUAUAUAGAGGCAUCAAAAUGAACCUUCUGAAUAUUACUGCUCUUCUUUAGGCACAUUAUAUGUGGUAAUCCUGUCUUAUCUGCUUUUGAAAGAUCAGAAGAGUCUAUGCAGUACCCUCUACGAUGGUCUAUGUAUGGAAACACAGACAAAUGCUCCUGUGCAAUCAAAGAAAGAAGAUAGGUAAUUCAUCUUCACAUUUUGAAGGUUAAUUCCUAAAGCAAUGAAAGUAAAUAAACUUUGGGAAUCGAUAGAUGUUUUCACUCUUUUUUUUUUCCAUCACGUGCUAGAUACUUGUGUCUUUUCUACUGUGAUAAUCCAUGUUUUCCGUUAGCAACUCCCCAACUGUGCCAACCCAAAAAAAUAAAAAAUAAAAUAAAUAAUGGAAAAACGAAACAAUAGGUACAGAAUUGAACAGACUAAAUGUGCAGUUGGCAGAUAGUUUGAUGUAAUACUCAAGGAGGUGCAGAUUGCAUUGGAGACUUGACAAAAUAUGAACUUUUAUAAAGUGUGAAAUUCUAAAGUAGGUAUAAAUUUACUUUCUCUUGGUAGUUUGUAGAUUUUUAAAUUAGGAAAGUUUUUACUUGAUAUUUUGAUAAAUUCUAAUUGUAAGUUUUUACUUGAUAUUUUGAUAAAUUCUAAUUGUAGGGAUUUUAGGUAUGAAGAUUUUCUCUGAAUUUUUUGAUUCCUCUCUCUUUUUC